UUUGCUGGUAGCAAGCAUCAUCAUUGAAUUUGAUCUUUCAGCCGUUGCAUUGUUUUGUGUGCACGCUUCAAAGACGAUAGGAAUUGCAUUGUGAAAAACGCGACAAGGGGACUACUUAACUGAAGUCAUCGUUUGAAAGACUGCUCUUCAGGCAAUACUUUCUGAAUGUUCCAACAGUCAAGGAAGUGUCAGGACAGCCUGGUUCUCCUGACAAUUUGAACUCAAAUCAGGGUAGCCUUUCUGCAUCUUGAAAAAUCAGAAGUGACUUGCUGUCAAGAAAGCAGUGCACAAUCCCACCAAAAUUCCAUGGAAUCCACUGUCUACAAAAAUCACAAUUGUGCACUGAAUUACAGCACCCCAAACCCAAGGAUUUUGCAUUUAGUGUGUAUAGCAGUGACAAUCAAACAAAAAGAAAUACUGGCUUGAGUUCAUCAGCACAUGUCCUUGUUUAACACAAAGGAAUAUCCUCUCUUGAGAACUUCAUAAGACAGCCUUCUAACAAAAGUGGACAGCUUGUGGAAUUUUUAACUGAGACUUUAACUUUUCCUAAAAGUUUCUAAUAUACAAUGCUGGGCUGAAGCAAGGGCUGCUCCACUUCAUAGAGAGAGAGCCCAAAUGUUUUCUUUACAAGAUCAGUCUUCUUCUGUACCUGAGAACAACGCCUCCACAUCAUCCCCAUUAUUUUGCAUCUCUCCAAAAAAGGAAUCUGCUCAUUUCAAAUCUUCCAAGAUUGAACCUAAUGUUGAUGAUUUUUCAGAGGAAAAAUGUUUUGAGAAUCAGGAAGUGGGAAGUUUCCUCCCACGAGUUUGUGAGCAGAAGGAACAAAUCCUAGAUCAUUCAGAAGGAAAUGUUUCCACCCCUUCUCAGAAGCUCUCCCCUUCUUCUCUCAGGGAUCAGCCAGCCGAAGGUGAAGUCUUGGAAGCUAAAAAAACCAAACGGAUCACAGAUGAUGAAAUAUUAGACUUUAUCGAGAAAGAGGUUGCGUUACUAUAUUCUACCAAGCGGCAAAGUUUCAGCCCUGUUCUUACUGAGCAGUGCACUACUGCAACUGGACAAGAAGAUGAAGUGAAGGAAAGCAAAGGAGCUGAGUUCUCUCCCACGUCUCAAGAGAAAUGUGAUAUAUCUGCAUCAGAGAAACAUGUAGCAGAUUAUCAACGUGUCGUCUUGGACGUUGCUCCCACUUGCAUAAAUAAUGAAGCAGAGCAUCCAGUGACUGUGACAGCAGUUUCUGGAGUCACCGUGCCAGAAGAGACUGAGAAGUACCCAGGAUUAACGGUCAGCUGCAGUUCCUCACAAGGAGAGCGUGAGAGAGUCAAAGAAACCGAAGGCACUGGAGAUCAAGAUCAAAAUGUAAACGAACAGACACCUCCAUCUAGACCUGAAGGUGCAGAUACAUUCUCUGCUGCAGUUAGAAAUGAUCCAGAAUAUGAACAGGGUUCAUCAAAGCCAGACAUGCAUCUUUUAAACACAAACCAAGAGGAAGUAAGGUUUGAGGACCCUUCAUAUGAAGAUAUAAGUGAAGAUGAGAAUCCAGAAGUUGAUAAUAAUGACGAGGAGAUGCCUUCACCUUCAUGUGACGUGUCUGAAGCCAGUAAUACGCAGUUUGGACAUGUGCAGAGUCAGGCCGAGCUUCCAAAGAACCAAACACUUGGCAUAGCACAAGAUUGCUCUUGUCCAUGUUUUGUUGAAACUGAGGAUGGGUUUGAAUGUUUCUUAUGUCCUAAAUGUGACGGUGAGAAACAUUUAGAUUGGCAAGCAAGCUGCUCUUUGAGCCCCCUUUCUGACGCGCAAGAUCAAGAGGAGACUGAUGAGGACGAUGAUUGGCUUGUUAUGCCUAUUAGCGUAUUAGAUGUUAAAUGGGAACCAGCAGAUGAAGGCCAGGCUGACCCAGAAACUGUUUCACAGCAUGAUGGUGAGCAUGAAGACCAGGUAAAACAAAGUGACACAAAUCCAGCUGUCUGUGAGGUACCCGGAUCUGUUCCAAACCAUGUGCCAGCUUCUGCUUUUUCCAUGAUGGAGGUUUUUGAAACACCUUCUCAUCUAGCAAAAGUCAUACAAUCUAGAGAGACAAUGCAACAGUCCUUCAUGGUGCCUUCUUCCUGGGGCACAACUGAGACUAAAGCUCAGAGACCACAAAAUAGGGAGUCACAUAGUGCUCCUGAUGACAGUUGUGAAACUGACGAUAGUUCCGAUUACUCUGCUGAUUCAGGACGUAACUAUCUGACCGUGUCCAAACAGUGGUUAAGUAACCUGUCAGCGCCUGCGUCAGCAGAGAAAAAUGACUCUGGUUCUGUAAAAGAAAAUGAAGACCAUGAGAUGGCAAACUUACAACCAAGUCAAACGGGGAACAGAAGCAAGUCUUCAGAAAAGGAUGACAUCAUCAACCUUGAUUCUGACACCGAGGAUGAAGGUGUCCAAAGCUGUCCAGAGACAAAAACAAAGAGAUUAUUCUCUACGCGCACAGAGAACAGUGGAGCUGCCAGCCUUAAUCAACUGAAGAAACCUUCUCCUGAAACUGUGGAAGGAAACUGUCAAACCAAUGGACGUACAUCUAUAGAUUUAUCCAGAUGUUGUAAUGAAGUGAUCCAGAGUGGGAACCCUGACCUUUCACAAAGGACAGAAAAGUGUAAUAAUACUGGAUCUCACCAUGGUAGAAAAGCACGAAGCAUUUCAGAUGAUCCUGCUGUUAUAGUAAUAUUUGACAGUGAUGAUGAAGAAAAACAAAGCAGCAGACGGGUAAAGAGGAAAGGUGCAUUCUCUGAGUCAAUGAGUGGAGGCAGUACUUCAUGUGGAGAACAAGUGAGGGAUAUUGAAAAGAAGGGAAGUCCUAAAGCAAACAGCAGAAAGCCGAGUAUGCCUUGUGCAGAUUCACCAAAGUCACAGCAUCAUUCCAAACCUCAGCAAACACAGAUAAAAGAAAAGAAACAGGAUGUAACCUUUAGCCAAUCAGAUAGUAUAAAGAAGAGAAAACUGAUUAAAGUUAAAGUGCGUCCUGAGCGUGUUCAACAAAACGACAACAGACAGACUACUUCAAAAAUCAUGGAACAACAUCGUGAUGAUGCACAAAAUAGUCUUCAUGUCAGCCAAAACACCCAAAUCAAUUUAUCAUCAAAGAACCGCUGUGAGAAGCAGUCUGUGGACACGGAGGUAGACAUCACUAAAGCUCACUAUCACCACGUUCAACAAAAGGCACAAAGGCAAACCUCAGAAAUGGUGCAAAGAGAAGUAGAAAAACACCUUAACAACAAGGAAAGAGAGACUAGAGUUCUCUCGUCAGAAACGGAGGACAGCGAUGAUACCUUGAUUUAUAUACAAACCAGUCCACCGUUCAUGAACUACCAACACAAGAACCCCCAGUCUGCGGACAAGGGAAUGGGCUCCAUUUGCCAUCAGCAUGUUGAACAAAAGGCCAGUGAACAUAUGACAUCAAAAACAAUGGACAGGAAGGUUAAACAAGCCUUGAAGAAGCAGAAGAGAAAGACUAGAGUUCUCUCAUCUCAAACUGAGGACAGCGAUGAUACCUUAAUUUAUGCACAAACUAGUCCAUCCUGUUCUGAUAGCGAGGAUGACUCCACUAUGACUCCCGUGAUUCCUCGCUUUGUUGUUCAGAAGUCUUCUUCAUCUAGUGAUUCCCUUAAACUUCUAAAACAGUCUACAGUCCAAAGGCGAGGCAAAAUUGAAUCCCAGCCAACUCCAGAGACCCCCACAGAAACCAGCAAGACCGACUCUAAAAAGAAGAAACAACAAGGGGCUAAAGGAAAGCUUGUAUCCAACCCAAAGCCUAUAAGUGAUGCACACCAUACAGAACCGUUGUCUAGGUCUGCGGAUAGCUCAUCUAGUUCCAGGCACUGCUCGUCCUCAUCCAAACUACAGCGAUCUCACUCUGACAGAAACUCUUCAACAUUACAUCAGUCUCGCACUCAUACAAAGGGCCCGUCAUCUUCCACAUCCAUGCAGUCAUCAGCAAAGGAACAAGUGUUCAGUGACUGGCGAAAGAGCUUUGUCCCAACCAGGAGAGACCGAAAGAGUAGUCUGGAGAGUAACCUGAGACCAAGGCACAAUUACGAGUCGCUAAGAGAAGCCAGAGCUGGACCAAGUCAAUGUGACAAGCCACACAAACGGAGACACAGCUCCUAUGAGUCUGUACCUCCUCUGAUGAAGAGGCCCAAGGAUGAAGCCAUACAGAUAACGAAGGCCAGACAUCAGGACGCUCCAUUAGUGCGAAGAUUUCCUCUGAGCCAAGGCUACAAGUGGAAGAAUGAAACGAGCGUCAUGGCCGACAAAAGACCAAGGAAAAGGUUCAGCUCUCCAAGACCUCACCACUGAAGGGAAAAACGCUCUGCCAAAGAGGCAUUCUGUUGUUUUUGUUAUGACUGGUUCUGUGUUUGAUUUAAUAAAGCACUUGUGUAAAACAAGUGACGUUACAUAUAAAACUAUAAGAAGUUCAGCAUUUUAUGUGUUGUACUUGCUAUAUUAUAUACACUCAAAAAAUACAGGAACACUGAAGUUGCACACCAGACAAUCUUGAAAAUGAAAGUUGGAAAUGGGAUGGAAACUAAAGUCAUCAACGUUUUGAUGGGUCCAUUCUAAUUCUAAGCAAACACUGACUUGUUCCCGUAUUUUCUGAGCAGUAUACAAACAUUAUUCUUUGUUUUCUUUGGAAACAGAAGUGCCUGUAUGAAAACCCAACAUGCAGCUGUUUACUGUAUUUUCUCUGAAUACUGUUCAUACUUGAAACUUUGUAAAUAGUUUGUUGAAUUUUUUUAUCUAUUCAUUUAUAAGCUUUUUUUCUUACUCAGAAAAUUCUAUGCACCACUUAAAAUAGCUGCAUAUUAAAAAAAAAAAAAGCCUUAUUACAAGAAGUGCUAAUAGAUUCACAAUUGUUUGAAUGUCUGUUUCACGGGAUUUUAAAUGCAGUAUUAUGCUCACUCUGUUUAAGUGAUGUUCCCCAGUGCCUGUGUGAGUCCUAAACCCAUCAGAAGGUUUCAAACCGCUGACAGGUGAAAUGAAUAAAAGUUGGUACAAUGUUCUGCUAGAAAAA